AGCCCAGUCCAUCUUUCAUUGGGUCCGAAUAAAAGCAUGGGCGUAGAUCCGACCCUUAAACCAAGCUCCAUAACGAGUCAGAUGACGUGAGUGAUUGCUGAGUUCCGCCAUUUUCCUAGAAACCCUAGUUCUUCCCUAAGAAGCCAAUCUUUCGAAUCUUCAUUCUUUCCAUGGCCAAGAAGCGAAAGCAACGAUCUUCUGCGGUCGAACCCACUAAGGAAACGGCGGAUCCUCAACCAAUCAAAGAGGAAGAGCAGCAACAACAUCAGGAAUACAUACCCGAAGAUCCGAAACCGAAAGUAGAAGAGGAACAGAAACUACAGGAAGUGGAAGAGGAAGUAGAAGAGGAGGUUGAAGAAGAAGAGGAAGUGGAACUGGAAGAGGAAGAGGAAGAGGAAGAGGAGGAAGAGGAGAACGAAGAAGACGACGACGAUGAAGAAGCCGAAAACCAAACCCUAGUCGGUUCUUCCAACGCCGCCGUUCAAAAUGGAGCUCCAAAAGGAACGAGUCAAGACGAGGAAUUGGACGACGAGCCGUUCGAGAAGCUUCUAGAACCUUUUGGGAAAGAUCAAUUGAUUACCCUUAUUAAGAAAGCGGUCGAUAAGCACCCAGAAUUCAUCUCGUUGGUUCGGGAGCUUGCGGAUGUGGACCCGGCUCAACGGAAGAUCUUCGUACACGGUCUUAGCUGGGAUACGACUGCUGAAACCCUCACCGCGGAGUUUGCUAAAUACGGGGAGAUCGAAGAAUGCAAAGCGGUUACCGAUAGGGUGUCCGGGAAAUCCAAGGGCUAUGCUUUUAUCCUCUUUAAACAUCGGAGUGGAGCACGCCGGGCUCUGAAACAGCCGCAGAAGAAGAUUGGGAAUAGAACUACUUCUUGCCAGUUGGCUUCGCAAGGGCCGGUUCCUGCACCGCCCCCUACUGCUCCACCUGUGUCUGAGUACACUCAGAGGAAGAUUUUUGUUAGUAACGUGUCAGCUGAAAUGGAUCCAGAGAAGUUGCUUGAGUUUUUUAAACAGUUUGGGGAAAUUGAGGAAGGUCCGUUGGGGCUUGAUAAGCAUACAGGGAAACCGAAAGGCUUUGCACUUUUUGUCUACAGGUCAAUUGAGAGUGCAAGGAAGGCCUUAGAGGAGCCUCAUAAGAAUUUUGAAGGUCAUGUUUUGCAUUGCCAGAAGGCCAUUGAUGGGCCAAAACAGACGAAAGGCGGGUUUGGUGGAGGUGCUUCUACCGGGCAUCAUCAGCAGUACCAGCAGCAUCAUCAGCAAGGACAACAUCAAAAUCAGUCUCGUUACCAUCACGCUAAGAAGGGGAAAUACUCGUCUAGUGGCUCAGAGACUGGUCAUUUGAUGGCUCCAUCUGGGCCUGCUGCAGUGGGAGUGGGGUUCAACCCUGGAGUUGCUGCUGCUGGGUUUAACCCUGGGGUGGCUGCUGCUGCACCAGCUUUAAACCCUGUGCUUGGACAGGCUUUGACUGCAUUGCUAGCCUCUCAGGGAGCUGGUUUGGGGCUUGGUAAUCUGCUUGGAGGGCUUAGCGGUGCCCCUGUGAACCAGGGAGCACCUGCUGCAGGUUAUGGGAGUCAGGUUGCCGGAGGCUAUGGGAACCAGAUGGGAGUACAGGGUGGGUAUCAGAACCCACAGAUGGGGCAGGGAGGUGCUGGCAGGACUCAACCUGGUGGUGGUGCUCCUUACAUGGGAUAGUAGGUACAAUGGCUAUGUAGUCCUGAACUGCAGGUACAAUGGCCAUUAACGUCUCCAGCUUGUACUAACCUUGCUGCUCUGAUACCUUUCCCUUGUCCCUGUGUUGGUCUUAUUGGUUGAGAAACCUUUGCCUUAGGCAGGGGAACAAAUGGAAUGGUUGGUGUUGUUCUGUCGAGACUCAUGAAAUGGUUUUCUGUCUUCAAUAACAUUUGGCGCUCAUGAAAAAGUAGAAAACAAGAUAUUGUGAUGGGAGAUGGAUUCCCGGUAGGGUGUUGUUGCUGACAUAGAAGGUCCCAGAUAUUGUUUUACCUAUAAUAGCUUGGAUGGGGCAAUAUUUGAGUUGAUGGGACAGCGGGACCGGGGAAGCCAAAGCAUGUAUCCUGUCUAGAGGCAUGAUAUGAAGCUAGUCUUGGUUGCUUGCCCAACUGAAAUUGUAGCUUCUGAUUAUUGGUCUCAUGAUGCAUUUAGAACUGGUGUCCUGGAUGAUAAGCUGCUUUACAAAUUAUAGCUUUACAACAAAAGGUUUGGAUAACUAGUAUAAAUUUUCAGAAUUUUUAUUUUGAA